AUCUUCACCUCUUCAGUCGACAGAUAAUCUCAUGACACCAAAUUGCUAUAAAUUGUCCAGACGCCUUGUGAAUCUUUUCAGUUGCGUCUGGGAUUCGCCAGUGAAAAUGACUAAGUGGAUCUUCGUUCAGUGUUUGUUUGCUAUCUUCGUGAUUGUGAAUUCUUGUGAUCCUGCAGAGCCUUUCGCUCACAUCCUGGGCAGCGGCCGGGGCGCAGGAUCAGUGUUCGAUGUGGAUUUCACAGUGAAGAGCGGCAUCGCGAAGUCGGGCUUCGAGAACAAUGUCCGCCUCGCCAUGCAGAUGAUCGCGAAGCCUUUUGAUAACUUAACAGUUUACAUUCGAAUCGAGCAGUUAAAUGGAACGGCGCAAAAUGGCGAGAAUACGGAAUGCAUUAAGCUCUUAAACACCUUCGAAUUCCUCUUGAAAUCCGAUGGGAAGAUAGUCUUAAGGAAGGGUUCAAGCGAUGAUGAUAUUAUAAAAGUUUUAGCCAGUGUGCUUUUCUUCAACACGACCAAACUUCAUGAACACGGAGAUAAGAAGAAACCCUUUCACUAUGCGAGUAAAGAAGAAGACGUUUACGGACGAGAGAAGAUGUACUUUGUCAAGCCGCAAAGAGAUGGUUUUUCAGUAGAGCAAAACUCAGAUCCAAUGGACUUCAAUAACAUGGAUUUUGCAAGUGCUUCUUGGAGCAAUCGCGAUCAUUAUGAUUUGGAGGAGCUCAAAAUGAGUAACUAUCGCAAGUAUGACUUCGUGAAGAGAACUUGCACGUAUUCGAUGAAGAGACUCCAAACGGAGCAGCACAUUUUUUUCACACCCAAGCAGCCGGAAGAUUUGAAGCACUUCUUGCAUACUUCCUACGACUUCCGGCUGAAUGAAGAAGCAACAGUUCCUGCAGAAGUGAUAAAAGAGAAUCUCUUUGAUUGGAAAAAUCUACAUGACUUCAAAUUUGCCAUUUCGAGACGGAAAUCUGAUGAUAACUUUCAGUUCAAUGACUUCUUGUCAAAUCCUGAGAACGUGCAGAAGAUAAAGAGAGAGAAGAUGCUCUCCGAAGUGGAGCGAAUGCUGAAGGGAUUGUCUAUUAUUAAGGAUCCUUACACACCUCCUAACAUCAAACAUUUCCUACUAAGUCCGGUAAGUUGGGAAAUGAUUGAAAUUGUGGACUUCAUGAAGACCUUCACUGAGGACGAUUUCUCUGCAAUUCACAAAAUGACGCUGAAGGCGAAAGAUUCCGACAAUCCGUGGUUGUUGAGGAACUUUGUCGAGGUCCUGCCUUUGGUGGGAACUUCCGAAGCUGCGAUAUUCUGCGUGAAGUUGAUCAAAGAUCCAACAACAGAAUUUGAUCGAGAUAAGAUGCUGAUGAAUCUGGCAGGAAGCAUUCGCUCAUUUUCCAUGUCAGUUGAAGCUCUGAACGUCCUCAAGGAUCUCACAAUGGCCAAAGAUGCUCCUCAUGUGGCGCUUCUCGCGUACGCUCGAGCUUUGAUGGUGACUUAUCAUGAGAGUAAUGAACACGUUAAAAGUUCUCUUCAAUUUUACACUGACAAACUCUCAAAUGCGCGAAAUUACGACGAGAAGAGAACAGUUCUGGAAGCGAUUGCGUGCUUAAGGUCCAUAGAAUUCAUCCCUUUGCUGUGGAAAACUGUCUUAAGGGAGGAUGAAGGUCUCAAGAUUCAUGCCUUGUACGCUUUAAUGCAGUCCAUUGGAUACAUGGAUAACUCUCAAUUCACGGAUCUCCUGAAUCUUGCUGUCGAUCAGGAGUUGUCAACUGAAGUGAGGGCAGUUGCUGUACGAGUGUUGCUGCGCAAAAUAAACAGAGAGGUGCAAUUUGAGGCAUUGGCGAGGAGGUUGCACGAUGAUCCCAAUCAUGAGCUGUACAACUUCUUCGCCUCGAAGGUCAUGGCUAUGAUAGAAGAGGGAAACACACCCUCAAGUUACAAGAAGUUACUGAGGAGACUCGAACCCGAAGCGCGAUCACGAGGAUUUUACUUCAAAACGCAAAAUAGUGCUAUGGAAGACUUCGCCGUCAGCGGACAUAUAAUCUUUGAUGACGUCUCAGGAGGACUGAAGCAGGUUCAGAUGGACCUUCACCAGUCGUAUCAGAGGAAAUAUUCACUUCUCUUACGACUUGAUAAUGUAGAGUUCAUCAGUCGAUUCAAUAACUUUCAAGAAGACUUCUUCGCGCAACAAGCGUUCAAGUACGAAAUAAGUGUGGCCAAAGCUGCGUGGACAAUCUUCUCCAAAUCGUCAGAGUGUGACUUCCAGUACGCUCUGCAGAACCUCAUGAUGUAUUUGUACCCAAAUGCACAACUUUUGCCUAAUGAAUGGUCCAAUGAGGGUUUUCUGGCUCUUGACAACACAGAUUACUUCCUGCCAAUGGAUGCUGGGCGCCAUUUCCGCCUUUUCGCACAGGCUCAACUGUUCUUCACCACCAAAUUCGCCAUUGUAUCUGAACUCUCUGAGCAUGGAGCAAAACCAGGAGUGAUCUUCAGUGUCAACGCAACACUGCAAGCUUCUCGUGGGAUGGAAGUGCUGAAUCCCAAUCUAAUGGCCUUCCAGGGAUCUCGCCAGAUGUCACAUCUUCACUUUACGAAGCAGUUUGCAUUCAAUUUCCACAGAAUUCACCAACCCAAGAUCAUAACUAUUGCUGCUUCCAGAAGCAACGCUUUGACUCCACUCUUGAGUCUGCGGAUUCAGAAACAAACUCAAGUUUAUCUCAAUCGUCUCAGAGAAUCGUCAAACACUACGGAAGACGUUGUUGAAGUGAGUGGAAGACUUGAGUCCUUUAAUUCUGAUGGAUAUCUCACUGAAGGAGAUUGGCAAGACUUGGGAAUUAAUUAUGGGAUCAGGAUGUUUUCCUACAAGCCUUCUCCAAGUGGGAAAAUUCUUGCACAGUCGCUCUCCGAGAUGCUGUACAGGAAACCCUUCUCGGGAAUGUUCAGUGCGCCUCUUGGAGAUAUCAUCGUCUCGCUAAUGAGCUUUAUUCAGUGGAACUUCUUCCUGCCCGGCGAUUAUGGUGUGGAUUUGUUGGCUCACAUGAGACCCAGUGACAUCUUUGACACUUCCAAGAUUCAAAUUAAGAUCCAAUCGCAGGGAGUGUUUUACGAGUUCCUGGACAAUAAGGAUAAUGUGAGAGUUAAGUAUCUCCACGUAAAAAUUGAAGAUGUUGUGGCGAGAAUGCCAGCAGAAGGUCCAACGUCCUCUAUUUGUCUGAAAUUCGAGACUUUCUGGCGAGAAAUGCCAGAAUGGAGACUUCAGAUCCUGUUCGGAAGCUACCCUGAAAAGAUCGCAAAGUGCGUCACCGAUCAAAGCAACAUUCUCAUUGAGUCUUCCUCCAAGUUCACUGGGGAGCAAAUUGAGUUUCACCACCAGAAGCACCUGACUUACGCUCAAUGUCGUGCGCAGACGGAAAUGUUGGCAGAAGAGGCAGAAAAUUGUUACACUUGCGCAACAGCUGCCACGAUGCUGAGAGACAUUAUGGUUUGGCUGCACUACAAGAAUCUGCCGUCAGGGUUUGAGAACUUCUUCAGAAGCCUGGGAAUGUGGGUAUUCGCGAAUUCCGGCGGUUUUCACGAAGCCACAGAUGAUGAAGUGAGAUCCGUAGGAGAGAUUCAGAUCGGCAUUUAUCGUCCGAUGGAUUCUGAUGAGGACUUUGAAAUGACUCUGUACGCGCCAGAAAACAGCUACACUGUGAAAGGAUCAUCAAAAUGGCUCCUCCUCGAGAAUUCUGCCAUCCAAAGUGUUCAACACUUGGCUAAGUACUUCUUGCCUUUCCCAGUCUGUCGCAUUCUUCCGCAAGAUUUGGGAAACAAGACUUACACCGGGAUAAACAUGUCCCUCAAACCUUGGGUUCAACUGGCGCAAAUUAACUCCAAAACACUCGUCUAUGCUUAUCGGCUUCCUGGCGAUCAAUUGGCCAUCAAAGUUCAAUAUGGUCCGCAGGAAAUUUUGAUUUUUCCACGAGAGAACGAAUGCGGAAAGCACAGAAUUAUUGUCAGUGAGGACGAUAUAGACAGGAUGCCACUAAGUUUCAGCAAAAACAGACUCUCUAUAAUCACGAUCGGUGACACAGUCUUCGUCCUGAGCAACUUCUUAUGGAGUUCAGGCGAUAUGAUUGGCUACAACGGCAGGAGUAUCUUUAUCAGAGGCGACAUCAGUGGUAGAAACGAAGGCCUUUGCUUCAGGUAAACAAUACUGUGAACAUAAAGAUUAGCCUGUGAUUUAAUUACACUCGUGCGAAAACAAGUAAUACUCACUCUAAAAUGUCAGAAAAUCUUGUAUUUAUAGUUCGAAAGGAUUAAAUAAUAAGAAUAAAUGAUAUUCCUUCUUAUUCUGCAA